AUGCGGAUCUCUCAGCCCCUGAUUUUCCUCUCUCCUGUCCUCGGCGUGGGAGCCCUCAACUUCCAAUACGAAGCUACGCAAUUGACGGAGCAAGAAAUUGGAGACUUCUCAGCUAUUUCCUUUGGGAAUCUCUCGUCGGCCCCGUCCGCAUACCAGGGACCAAGAUGCAAAAUUCAGCCCGAAGACGCAGACUGGCCUAGCGAGGAACUAUGGGCCCGACUCAACACGACCGUGGGUGGCAGUCUGCUGAAGCCGUAUCCCGUCGGUGCAGCAUGCUAUCCGGACCGGCCUGAGUACAACAGCACUACCUGCAGCUACCUCCUCGGCCCAGCCACGACGUCCCGCUUCUUCAUGGACGAUCCGCUCAACGCGCUGACAACAUGGGGUGAGGGAGCUACGUGCCUGCAGUUGCACAAUACGACCGGCAGGACCUGUACACAGGGCGGCUUCCCCGUUUAUGUCGUGAAUGCGAGCUCCGUCAGGGACGUCCAGGCGGCUGUGAACUUUGCUCGCAACCAGAAUCUGAGACUGGUCAUUAAAAACACAGGACACGAUUUCAUUGCCAAGUCAAGCGGCCGCGGGGCGCUAAGUGUAUGGACUCACUUUCUCAAGGGCAUCGAGUUCCUCCCGGAAUACAGCAUGGACGAGUACAAGGGGCCCGCUGCGAGAAUGAGCGCAGGGAUAGAGGCCUGGGAGGCGCAGAACGCCAUGGCAGACCAAGGCAAUAUCACAGUUGUGCUCUCGCUUGAGGUAACAGUCGGUAAUGGCGGUGGCUGGGUGCUGGGCGGCGGUCACGGGCCCUUGACCUCCUUGCGUGGCCUCGGGGCCGACCAGGUCUUGUCGUUGAAUGUGGUUACGGCCGACGGCAGGUUCGUUACAGCAGACUUGAACCAGAAUCGGGAUCUCUUCUUUGCACUCAGGGGUGGUGGCGGAGGCACGUUCGGCAUCGUCACCUCCAUGGUCGUCAAAGCCUGGCCAGAACGGACCAACAUCGGCGGUCUGACGUUCUACUUCACCACCGGACCUGGCCAGGUGACGAUCCCCAGCAGCCGGGGGUACCCAGCCGCGGCGCCGGUCCACGUGGACACUGAAACCUUCUGGAAAGCCUACCGCGCGUACCUGCUCUUUGCCAAGGAGAUCGUCGACGCGGGCGGCUUCGGCUUCGGCGACGUCACCCCGCAGGGCAACGACACGUACGUGUUCGUGGGCACCAUCACGCUGCCCAACUACCCCUCUGACAAAUUCCGCGCGUUCUACACCCCUUUGUUCAACGCCCUGCGCGAGGCGGGCGUCAACGUGCGCAACCCCAACCACGCCUUCCUUCCCUAUGCGCAGCGCGGCAUCGGCGUGACGCCCAUCUCGUUCCCCGGCGCGGCCGCGGAUCGUCUCUUCAUCUCCCGCCUGCUUCCGCGGGGAUUAUGGGCGAACACCACGCGGCUGGAUGCCGUGGCGGCGGUCAACCGGCGGAAUGCCGAGAUGGGCUACCGCGUGACGACGCGCGCGUACGGCCCCUCAGGGGUUGUGGCGGGGUACCCCGGCAACACGACCUCGGCGGUCAACCCGGCGAUGAGGGACAUGGUGAUACACUGUGUGACGUUCAAGCAGGAGCCGGUGGAUGUGCUGCCUGCGGAGCAGUUUCGUGCUGAGCACCUCCGUCUAAGGGCACGUAUUAAUGAGCUCGUGGCCCUGACGCCGGAGAGUGGGACGUACUUUAACGAGGCUGAUGUUUUGGAGCCUGACUGGCAGAGGAGUUUCUGGGGACAUCAUUACGAACGUCUUUUGAAAGUGAAAAGGGCGGUGGACCCCUGGCAGUUGUUCUGGGCGCCGAAUACGGUCGGCAGCGAGGAGUGGGAGGUGGUGACGGCGGAUGGGUUGCCGACGCAGAAUGGGCCGCUAUGUAGGAAGGCGGGUUAG